AUGCUGUCCGAAAUCCUAAUGGCUCAAGCUUUUCCUGAUAUCACUUUCAUUUGGCGAUAUGAAAAUCUAAGCAAUAAGUUCUGCAAUGCAAGUAAUAUCAUUUUGCACGAUUGGCUUCCUCAAGUGGAUAUGUUAAAUGAUAAACAUAUGUUGGCAUUCAUUACUCAUGGCGGCAUGGGUGGCGUUUUCGAAAGUGCCUACGCAGGUGUACCGGUCAUUACCAUACCAUUGUUUGCUGACCAAUUACGUAACGCCAAAAUGUUGCAAUAUCGUGGAAUGGGUAUAGUAAUCGAUAAAGAUGAAGUUACCACUAAUCGAUUAAUCGCAGCUAUAGAGGAAAUAUUGCAACCGAGGUAA